AUGAGCGAAGCAGAUUUUGAAGGACGAACCGUUCUGGUAACCGGGGGUUCACGGGGGAUUGGGCGGGCUUGCUGUUUGCGGUUGGGCAAAGCUGGGGCUCGUGUGGCGGUCAAUUAUCACUCGCGAGCCGACGAUGCACUGGAGACGGCCCGACAGGUGGAAGCACUCGGUGCCGAGGCGAUGACCGUGCAGGCAAACGUGGCGGAUGAGACUUCGGUGGCCGACAUGGUGGCCCGGGUGAACGAGCGGCUGGGCUCGAUCGACAUGCUGGUGAACAACGCUGGCAUCUUCGAGUAUGUGGACCACGAGCAUGCCACGCUGGAGCAUUGGAAACGAACGAUCGAGGUGAACCUUACCGGUCUGUACAUCGUUACCUGGGCGGUGAAGCCGCAGAUGAUCGAAAAGAAGUUUGGCCGCAUCGUGAAUAUGUCUUCCAUCUCGGCGCUGCGACCGCGCCCGUAUGGAAUUGCCUACGCGGCGAGCAAGGCGGGAAUGAUUGCCUUCACGCAAAGCACGGCCGAUGCGUUGGUCUCGCAUAACAUCCGUGUGAACGCGGUAGCCCCGGGCUUGAUUGAAACCGAGAUCAUCGACGAUGUGGAUCAACCGACGAUCGACCGGCUGAUUGACCAAACGCCGAUGAAGCGCAUCGGUACGCCGGAUGAGAUCGCGGAUGUGGUGCAUUACCUCUUGUCAGAAGCCUCGCGUUUCAUGACGGGACAGACGUUGGUGGCAAGUGGUGGACGGGUGAUGUUGCCUUAG